AUGGAUAUUGCAAUCAGAGACGAGAAAACUAUUAGAGUCAGAGCCGUUCAGGCUGAGCCUGUCUGUCUUGGGCUUCCCCGAAGCGUGGAUUCCAGGUUACCCAUGAAGGGCGGCAUGUUCAUUAUGCUUGGCUACAGUGAACGCGAGGAGGCCAGCAUCUACCUUGCACAGGCGUUUAUCUCGCCCGAUGAGGAGCUUGUUCACAAUCGUCGCAAAAUCAAGCCUACUCACUCAGAGCGAACUAUAUGGGGCGAAGGUCAAGCCGAAUCCCUGAAAACUGUUAUAGACUCGCCAUUUGACAAGAUCGGCGGUCUCAACUGCUAG